AUGGACGGUGAUCCAGCGGUCGAGCCGGAGCUCGACCGAUUCAGUCGCAUACUGCCCCUGCCAUAUCGAGUCGCUUUGAUUAUAGUGAUGGGUGUAUGGGCAUGGGGUUUGAACCUCCACUAUCUCUCUCUGAUACGCAUCGAUGUGCCGUCCCUUAUUCGAUACCCGGCGCGCAACUCCCCGCACCACCCUCCGCAUUACUUGUCUUGCUACCGCGUUGCACUCUCCCUCACCGUUCCGCUCGUCCUCUCCUUGCUCUUGUUUUGGAGCCUCACGAACGGCAGCCCCGCAGACAUCGCCGCCUGGGAGAUCCUGCCCAACCUUUACUUACUCAUCCUCGUAAUCGGCUUCAUCGUGCCCAUACCAUUUGUGAGCAGGAAUGGAAGACACCGGACACUUGCGACCCUGAAAAGGAUCAGCAUAGGAGGCAUUGCGGAGGCUCAAGAUGGGAAAUUCGGGGACAUCUUGCUUGCCGAUGCACUGACGAGUUAUGCAAAAGUGCUUGGAGACCUAUUCAUCAGCCUGUGCAUGUUCUUUUCGUCCAAGCACAGCUCUACUGGCCCACCAAACCGCAACUGUGGAGGCUCCUUCUGGGUGCCGUUCAUCAUAUCGAUACCCUCGCUUAUCCGUCUCCGCCAAUGUCUUACCGAGUACGGACGCGUGAAAAAGGCGAACAAGCAAGCAGGACAGAUCAGCGCCGCGACAGGCUGGGGUGGCGUCCAUCUCGCGAACGCUUUAAAGUAUAGCACGGCGUUCCCUGUUAUUAUCCUCUCCGCACUGCAACGUAGCCCAGAGCCCUCAAAAUUUGGUAUGUCCGAAGCCACGCUGUUCCGCCUAUGGCUCGCCGCCGUCUUCAUCAAUUCAGCAUACUCGUUUUGGUGGGAUGUGAGCCGGGAUUGGGAUCUUACUCUCCUGCUGAGCAAAAGAGAGAGGGAGGAUCCAGAGCAUCCAUGGGGUCUAAGGCGGCAUCGCUGGUUCCACGCCAAGGAGUUCUACUACGCAGCAAUCGGCAUCGAUGCUGUGCUGAGGUGCACAUGGAGCAUCAAGCUAAGUCCGCAUUUGGACCAUUUCAACGACUUAGAGGGAGGCAUCUUCUUAAUGGAGGCCUUGGAAGUGUUCAGAAGAUGGCUCUGGAUUUUCUUCCGCGUCGAGACCGAGUGGGCAGUGCGUAACCACCGUGGCCCUGCACCAGACGACAUCCUGCUUGGCGAUUUUGCGAAUGCAUCGAACAAGUACGAUGAGGAUGACUGA